AGAGAGAGAAAAGUCGUAGGUGCGAGCAGGACAACAAUGUACAACAGACAAAGAAGCAGGCGUGAAAGCUCGGCGGACAGAGGAGGACAGAGGAGCGAGUGUGUGCAGCGAAAGGUGCAGCGAGUUGGAAAGGGAUGCGACGAUUGCGGAAAGCCGAGGAAAGAGCGAGAAGAGCCGAUCGUGGGUUUCGGGGGUGGUCGGGUUGCCAUGGCAGCUGCCCCGGCCGGGUAGCAGACCCCAGUCUUGCCGCGGCGGUCGCCGAGUGCGCACGGCUCCAUUCCUUGCCCGCUUCUCGUUCGUCUGAUCGGUGAUAUACUCGGUGAUAUAUGCCCGGUUUUGCUCGUGGCUCGGUUCUAACCCGGUUCUGGUGAAUAAGUCUAUAAGUGAUCAACGGAAGAGGCUGGCAAGUGCGCGCGACCGAGUUAACCGGAUGCCAACCGUGAUCCAACGAUAUCCAGUAGAAUGACCACGUUGGGCCCUGGUUAGAUCGGGUGAUUCGGGGCGGCGGGGAUGGUGCAGACGGCGGGGUGCGGUGAAAAGUGACGAUGGGCCCGCGCGAGACGCGGCAGCCAGCGAAGACGUGGUGCGCGGCGUCGAUCGUUCGUUCGCNGACGAUGCAGUGAUCGUGGUUCCCGUGGAGAAGUGAAAGGACGGGAGGUACGAUGCAUCACUCCGGCGGAACCGGUUACGGGACCGGUCCCCAGGAGAGGGUGCACCAAGCGCCGCGAGCAGCCGGCGGAUAUGAUGGCAGGUGCUACGACGAGUGUCAUCGCAGGACCCCCUACCAGGAGGACGCCUAUCCUCAGGAUGUACCUCCAAGCUUCCAUCGGCCCCAGUCCAGGCUGGGAUACGAGGAGCGUCCCCAAUCUCGCGUGGGAUACACCUCGGAUUCCAGGUGCGCCAGCGGGCUCGGAUACGACGACACCGGUGGCGGAUACCUGGACCAGACCGAUCCCAGGAUGUAUUGCACCAGUGGUUACUGCAUGGGCGAUACAAUGAUGGCGGCGAGCAGGGGUGUCUGCGGGGAGGAGGUCGAGUUGGACAUGAGGAGGCACAUCCAGGCGUGUGCCUGCACCUGCAACCACAUGGGCUACGGGAACUACAUGGACUAUCAGACGACGUGCCUAACAGAACUGCCAGACGUGGCACCGUGCAACGGCACAGUGCGACUGCCACCACCGUGCGAGGAUUCGCCGAGCAGCGGUAGCAGCAAAGAUCGGAGGGAAGAGAUGCCUCUGAUCGACGGGCACAACGAUUUGCCCUGGAACGUCAGAAAGUUCGUACACAAUCAACUCGGCGAGGUGAAUCUGAGCAGCGAUCUCGGAAGGGUUGAUCCUUGGGCCAGAUCAGACUGGAGUCACACGGACAUUCCUAGAUUACGGGCUGGCCUGGUCGGUGCACAGUUUUGGUCCGCCUACGUUCCAUGCGGUGCGGCACAGUUGAACGCUGUUCAACUUUCCUUGGAACAGAUCGACGUGAUCCGCCGCCUCGCCGAGAUGAAUGCUCAACAUUUAACUUUGGUUACCUCCGUAAAAGGUCUCAUCGAGGCUCAUCGAGAAGGGAAAAUCGCAAGUCUUAUAGGGGUGGAAGGUGGUCACUCCCUUGGAAAUUCCUUGGGUGUUCUCAGGACAUUUUACGGCCUGGGCGCGAGAUACCUUACCCUGACGCAUGCUUGCGACACUUCCUGGGCAGUCUGUUCAGUUGGCGAGACGAACAGUACCCAGGAUACGACGCCGGGCCUCAGUGAGUUUGGAAAGGCAGUUGUCAGGGAGCUAAACAGACUGGGAAUGCUAGUGGAUCUCUCUCAUGUCUCGACAAGGACUAUGAGGGCAGCCCUGCAAACGACGAGAGCGCCGGUGAUUUUCUCUCACAGUGCUGCCAGGGCACUCUGCAAUUCCACCAGAAAUGUGCCAGACGACGUGCUUAGAAAUCUGGCUAAAAAUGGCGGUGUGGCAAUGGUUCCGUUUUAUACAUACUUCAUAACGUGCAACAGUACAGCCACUAUAAAGGACGUUAUUGCGCACAUCAAUCACAUUCGAAAGGUGGCGGGGAUCGAUCACGUUGGAAUAGGAGCUGGCUUCGACGGGAUAAAUUUCACUCCUACCGGGUUGGAGGACGUUUCGAGGUAUCCUCAGUUGUUGGCAACACUGCUCGAGGACCCGACGUGGACCGAGGACGAUAUCAAGAAGUUGGCUGGCCUCAAUUUGCUGAGGGUGUUCGCCAAGGUCGAGCAGGUACGAGACGAAUGGCACAGAGCGGCAGUGUUGCCAGAGGAGAAGAUCAGUCCGCCGGACAACUCUGCCUGCGUCUACGGAGCGUCUUGAUCUUCUUUGAGAACGCUCGCAUCAGGAUUCCUCGAUUUUGUACGAUCGCCGAAGAUUCGACACGUCUCGUGGAACUAUAGGAGCCUGUAAACGUGAGGGAAUUGGAUCGGAUCGCCUCACCCCCCCCCCUGAUAACAUCUUUUUCCUGGGAUCUCGAUCGCGCCUUAUGAAGGAUGAAAAAUUGAGAAAGAACGUACACGAUCCAUCCUUGAAAACUGAUAAGAUCGAGGGCAUGUGCCGAACGAUCAUCUUCAGAGCAAGUUCAAUUUUCUCGCCGACUCGUUCAGCUCCCAUUCCGUUCAUAAAUUAUGCGAUUUCACAUUUCUGAUCAUUUUUCAGGAGCUGUAGAACUUU